GUUUCUUGUUUCCUACCCGAGUAAACUACCUGACCUAUUAUUCGUUGCAGAUGCAGGUUCAGUGAGACCCACACAUGGGACCAGCUCUGCCACCGCAGGUGAGUUCUGACUACCCGGAAAGUGGGUGAGAUAACUUUUCAAUAAUGAUAUAAGCGGACGGCGACAGAGAGAGAAAGGGGAAACUGCCAUUUGGGAAGUCGGAUCGCGAGGAAAGCAAUCAGCGAAGCGGCCGAGGGUUUUCGUGGGGAGAGGAGAACACGAGAACCGGGGAGAGGAGGGGGCAACUUUCGAUCGAAACCCUAGGAUCCUUCUUUCUCGCAGGGGCUACGGCGCGGCUGCCAUGUCUGCGGGGAUCUGCGGCAAGCGCCUAGGGUUGGAGGAAAUCUUCGGGUCUCCGUUGCCGCCUCCGCCGUCGGCCAAGAGAUCUCGCUGCGCUCGCUACGGAUCACCUGUCCGCCACUCCAACUCCGACUUCGGCCUAGGAUCCGAGGAUAAACUCUCCAUACUCCUCCGCAUGUUCCCCGCGAUGGACCGGAAGGUUGUUGAAACAGUUUUGAAUACUCAAGAUCACAAAAUUGAUGAUGCCAUAAAGAGUCUCCAUGCUCUGUGCCUUGGUGAUGGUUCUUUGAGCACUGAAGGAGUGAUCUCUGAUUUACAAUCAAAUGAUAGUGUUCUUGAAGGUGUCAUGAAUUCACAGACAUCUGGAAAGAAAGUUGAAGUCUCUGAGAAUGAUGGGGCAGACCUCCAGUCUGGGGAAGCCGGUAAAGGAACUUCUUGGGUUGAUAUAUUUGUAAAGGAAAUGAUGAAUGCCUCAGAUUUGGGUGAUGUGCGUGGUCGUGCAAUGAAGAUCUUGGAAGCUUUUGAAGGAGAUGUUGUUGCUCAGACUACAGCAGUAGUAGAGAAUGAGAGUAAUUUGUUAAAGGAGCAACUCCAUUGCUUAGUCAGAGACAACCAGAUCCUAAAGAGGGCUGUUGCUAUUCAGCACGAGCGAAAUUCAGAGAAUGAGGAGAAGAUUAGGGAGGUGCAACAUUUGAAGCAUGCUAUUUGCCAGUAUCAAGAGCAAGUCCGGGCAUUGGAGAUGCACAAUUACACAUUGAAGAUCCAUCUUCAGAAGGCACAAGAAGCUAAUUCUAUUCCAGGUUGUUUCCAUCCAGACAUGUUCUAGGUUGCAUAUAUCAAUUGUUCAAUUAUGGUUGUGAGAUAUAAAUGGGUAACCAAGAAAGAGCUUGAAAGUGUAUGUUUGAGUUGGUAAUUGAGCUUUCCUCAUUCUGUGCCACAAUUAAUAACAAAUCAAGAUCUUGUUACAGCCAGUGCAGGGGAUAUAAAAAAGGUGAGUGAGCUGUUUGCUCAAAAGAAAUUAAUUUUACUUUUUUUUUUUUUUUUUGAGAAAGUGGCUCAUCUCAUCUCCAAUGAUGUAAGUUUUCUUUAGGAGGAACGAAGGCUUUUUUUUUUUUCAGUUACUGUUGUAGAGGGUUCAUAUUUUGUUCCAGCUUGUUUGUUAAGUUCAGAAAACAGAGAGAUUGUGGAUGACAAUAAGUUGUUUAUUCUGCUAAUAGUUGAUUAAAGCUGUUUUGAUCCAUGUAUCUGAUUAUCUUGAGUGAUGAAACUAUUAUAGUUGAGACGUGCAGGGAGUAGGAAGCUGAGUAGAAGUCGACUGGUAGAUGCUUGAAGGAAAUGACGAACUCUGAGUAGGUUGCAUUGCAACAUCAGCAAGUUUGCUUGGCUAUGGCAUGGAUGGUUAUCGCUGAUUAUGGCUUUCAUGCUUCCCAUUGUCUUCUUCUUCGACUCCCAUGGUGUUGUGUUGUGGCUCCAUGACCUGAACAAGGUAUAUAUACAUGGGAGGAAGAGGGUGCUCUCAAUAAAGGCACUCGAAUGAGGAUGUUAUGAACCUGGUUUUAACAUCCUGGUUCGGAUUCAAAGUACUGCUCUUAGGCAAAAUGGUAACACAACUCAUCCUUGUGCAUUUUCAUUCGUUAGAUAGUAACCUCUCUAAUA